AUGACUGUUGUUGAUAAGCCCCCUUCCGUCACGCUGGCACAAGGCCAAGUCGUGGGGACCAAGCUCAAAGACACUUUUCCUCAAACCAUUGAUGCCUUCUUGGGAGUGCCAUACGCUCUUCCCCCUACAGGGGAUCGACGCUUCAGGCCAGCUGUCAAGGUAUCCAACUCUUCAGAAAUCAUUGACGCGUCGAAGUUUGGUCCUGCAGCUCCUGGGAAGGCACUCCUUUCUGGAGGACCAAAGCUUGUGCAGAGCGAGGACUGCUUGACAGCGAAUAUCUUCAGACCGGCUGGUGGCGAUGAGACAGAAAAGCUUCCUGUUGCGGUAUAUAUUCACGGUGGUGCGUUCAAUCGCGGGUCAGCGGCUAUGCAUAGCACGGCCUCCAUGGUCGCAUGGUCUGAAAAGCCCUUCGUUGCUGUCAGCUUCGGCUAUCGCAUCGGGGCUCUUGGAUUCCUGCCAUCGAGUCUGUCGCAAAAGGAGGGGUUGUUGAAUCUAGGAUUGCGUGAUCAGGUGGUUUUAUUGCAGUGGGUCCAAGACAACAUCGCCAAAUUUGGAGGUGAUCCUGCAAAUGUCACUUUGUUUGGUCUCUCUGCUGGAGCACACUCGAUUGGUCACCAUCUUCUCAAUUAUGACGAGCAUCAGUCACCCCUGUUCCACCGGGUGAUCAUUGAGUCAGGAGCACCAACAUCCCGCGCCGUUCGCCCAUACAAUGCAAAGGUCCACGAGGAACAAUUUGCAGACUUCUUGGAGGAAGUUGGUUGUCCAAAGGAUCUACCAGAAGCCGACAUAUUCCCAUACCUGCGUUCUCUUCCAACUCUUGCUGUAACAAAUGCUCAAACUGCGGUCUUCGACAAGUACAACCCCUCACUUCGGUGGGCGUUCCAGCCUGUUAUUGAUGGCGGCAUCAUUUCUCGCAAACCCCUUGAGGCAUGGGAAUCAAAGGCUUGGAAUAAGGUUCCUAUCAUGACUGGAUUUAACGGCAAUGAAGGAACCUUCUACGUGGACAAGAAGAUGUCAGACGCGUCUCAAUUCCGGCAAUUUUGGCACAAUCUCCUUCCUGAGCUCUCAUCCGCGGAUCUUGAUACGAUAGAGAAGCUGUACCCAGACCCCGCUCUCAUUCCAACAUCACCCUAUGUUGAAACCCGGACAGGCGAGGAUCUCGGACCCCAAUAUAAACGCAUUGAGGCCGCCUACGGGCACUAUUCAUACGUGGCCCCGGUCCGCCAGACAGCGCAUUUUGCAUCAUCCCAAGGAGCUAAAGUGUAUCUUUAUCACUGGGCGCUGCCGAGAACAGUUGUCGGUCGGGCGAACCACGGUGACAAUAUGUACUAUGAGACUUAUAACGAUGGCAUUACUGGGAUUUCAGAAUCCCAAAAAGAGCUUUCGGGCACUCUUCAUGCCUAUCUCACUAGCUUUAUCACAACUGGCGAUCCCAAUGGCAUAUCAGGAAGAUAUGGACAGAGACCAGAAUGGCAGCCUUAUCACCCAAGUGCGAAGAAGGUUAUGAUCUUUGGUGACGGGAACGAGGAACUCAUUGGAGGUGACGUUGCUCCUCCUGCAAAGUGUGUGGAUGAUGAUUGGGCGAAGGAAGAGACGGAAUUUUGGUGGUCGAAGGUUCCUAUCUCACAGCUCGCUUGA